AUGUCCGCUGCUGUUGCCCUUCGUCGUCUCUCCCAGCACGCUCGUCUCUUCUCUGCAACCGUCAACGCAAUGUCGUCCCAGUACUCUACCCGCCUCAUUGGCGCGCCGAACACCCUCGAGCACCGCGUCUUCCUCGAGCGCGAUGGCAAUCCCAUCUCUUCCUGGCAUGACAUCCCGCUCUUCGCGGACCAGAACAAUGGCAUCCUGAACAUGGUCGUCGAGAUCCCUCGUUGGACCAAUGCGAAGAUGGAGAUCUCCAAGGAGGAGUCGUUCAACCCCAUCAAGCAGGACGUGAAGAAGAACCGUUUGCGCUACGUGCGCAACUGCUUCCCCCACCACGGUUACAUCUGGAACUAUGGUGCUUUCCCCCAGACCUGGGAGGAUCCCACCCAGACACACGCUGAAACGAAGGCGAACGGUGACAAUGACCCGCUCGACGUCUGCGAGAUCGGCGAGCAGGUCGGCUAUGUCGGCCAGAUCAAGCAAGUCAAGGUUCUUGGCAUCAUGGCCCUCCUGGAUGAGGGUGAGACAGACUGGAAGGUUCUCGUCGUCGACGUCCAGGAUCCCCUUGCUUCGAAGCUGAACGAUAUCGAAGACGUCGAGAGACAUCUGCCCGGUCUUGUGCGUGCGACUAAUGAGUGGUUCAGGAUCUACAAGAUCCCCGAUGGCAAGCCGGAGAACCAAUUCGCCUUCUCCGGUGAGGCCAAGAACAAGAAGUAUGCGACGGAGAUCAUUCAUGAGUGCCAUGAGGCCUGGCGUCGUCUCGUCAGCGGAGAGAGCCCGGCGAAGACGCCCUCGUACGACCUCUCCAUUCGUAACGUCACCGUCACUGGCUCUCCUGGCUAUGUCAGCAAAAACGACCCUGCAUACGCUGCCAUUCCUCCGGACUCCAGGAAGCCGCCUGCACCCAUCGAACCUGCUAUCUCGAAGUGGUUCUACAUCUCUUCUGCUCAGGUAUAA